CUGUCUCACAAGCGACUCUCUAUCAAGCUCAGUGAACCAUAACGCUACCUAGUGCUUAAGAUGUCCAGUACUCCAGACGUAUUUCCGGGUAAAGUGAUCCUGGUUGCGCAUUUACACUCCCAGCCAGGCAAGGGAGACGACCUCCAGCGUUAUCUGACAGCAAUUCACAAGUUCGCCAACUCUGACCGCGAGCCUGGGUGCCUCACGUUCCGCACGGCCAGGUCGGGUGAUACAUUCGUUGUCUUUGAAGAAUACACUGACAAGAAUGCUGUGUCCAAACACUUUGAGAGCGACCAGUUUAAAGCCCUAGCAGGAGCCAUUCCUGAAAUUGCACUCGGACCGCCAACGCUGACUUAUUUCGAAGAGUUCAAGAGCCAGUGAGCAACGCCAUAUUAAAAAUAUCAGACGAAGGAACAAUUUAAAAUAAAGGAACAAUAUGUAACAUUGUGUAUUAUUCCGUGGAAUCUGUGAAUAUGAGAGAUAUUG